AAACGCGGGUUUUAGUUUAAAAAGAGAAGUAUUAUUCUCGAAGUCUCAAGAAGUAAUACGCCAAAGUUAGGACAACAACAAUGACGAAAAUUAUCAUCCUAAGUUGCAUCAUCGCAGCUGUUUGCGUUUUUCAAACAGCAGAAGCUAGACUUCUUGAUAAAUCGCUAGAUUUAGGUUCUCUGUUGGGUGAUACGAAAAAUGGAGUUUCAGGUGUGCUUGGAAACAUAAAAGAUAUGGGCGAAAAUCUUCAAAAUCGUGGACAAGGAAUGCUUGAUGGCAUAAAAAAUAAAGUUGAACAAUCCGUAAAGGUUCUGACUUCUCCAACAUGCACUAAAGUACCUACAGAAGCACACGAAGCUGCCAAGCAAUUGGGAGUGGCUUUUAAUACCUGCAUGAAGGACGCAACAAGAACGCCUCAAGCAAAAGAAAAGCUUGCAAAUGUGAACAAUGCAGUAGAUAAUCUGCACUCAAAUGUAACAAAGAUCGUUCAAGAUUUUUAUAAUUGUAGACAACUUCCUCCUGUUUCUAUGAUAACAUGCGGCCAUAGCGUUAUGACCAACGUUCCUAAAUUAAAUACGCCAAUUAAAGAAGUAGUGCUCUCGAUGAGGCAACUCGCCGGACUAUUCCCCAAUAUGAAAGAGUGCUAUGAUUCGGCAGUUCAGCAAGCCGCCCAGAAUAUUACCAAAAUCGGCCAAGACGUGGGACAAUGUCUCAAAAGUGUUAUAGAAUUAUUGCAAAAAGUCAUUUAUUGAUUAAUAUAACUUUAUUUUUAA